AUGUCUGAAAAAAGUAGCCCAAUUAAAUAUUUUCUAAGUGGUGGUUUUGGUGGUGUAUGUACUGUUUUAGCAGGGCAUCCUAUGGACACGAUUAAAGUGAGAUUACAAACUAUGCCUCUUCCUAAACCGGGUGAGGUAGCCUUGUACACUGGUACGUUGGACUGUUUCAAGAAAACUAUUCAUAAGGAAGGAUUUCGUGGACUUUAUAAAGGUAUGUCAGCUCCAUUAACAGGAGUGGCACCUAUAUUCGCGAUAAGUUUCUUUGGUUUUGGAUUGGGCAAGAAACUAAUUAAAUCCGAUGAGAAUCAGGUUCUCUCUAAACCGGAAUUAUUUGCCGCUGGUGCAUUUUCUGGCAUUUUUACUACUUCUAUAAUGGCUCCAGGUGAACGUAUUAAGUGCUUAUUACAGAUUCAACAAGGUGGCAAUGUGCCUCAGAAGUAUAAUGGUAUGCUUGACUGUGCCAGACAGCUAUAUGCAGAGGGUGGCAUUAAAAGUAUUUACAAAGGAAGUGUUGCCACCAUCUUAAGAGAUGUGCCAGCCAGUGGCAUGUAUUUCAUGACAUAUGAGUGGGUUAAAGAAGUGCUUGUACCAGAGGAUGCUAGUGCCAAAUUAAAAAUGAUAGCAACCAUUGUUGCUGGAGGUUGUGCUGGAAUAGCUAACUGGCUGGUAGGCAUGCCAGCUGAUGUUUUAAAAAGUAGAUUGCAAACUGCUCCUGAAGGUACAUAUCCUAAUGGAAUGCGAGAUGUUUUUAAGCAACUUAUGGAGAAAGAGGGGCCAACAGCUUUGUACAAAGGUGUAACUCCUGUAAUGAUUAGAGCAUUUCCAGCAAAUGCUGCUUGUUUUGUUGGAUUUGAAUUAGCUAUUAAUUUCCUUGACUGGGUAGCACCUAACCUU